GCUCCGCGCCCGCUGUCCUGCGCGGCGCUGCUGCUCCUGGCCCUGCUGCUCCCCGUCGCGUCCUCGACGGGGGACCCAGUUGACCACCCACUGAAGCCAAGGCACGUGAAACUGCUGUCCACUAAAAUGGGCCUGAAAGUCACAUGGGACCCACCUAAAGAUGCUACCAGUAGACCUGUGGAGCAUUACAACAUUGCCUAUGGGAAGUCACUGAAAAGUCUUAAGUACAUCAAAGUGAAUGCGGAGACAUACUCUUUCCUUAUUCAGGAUGUGGAGCCGGGGGUAGUGUACUUUGUGCUGGUUACUGCAGAAAACCACAAUGGAAUGAGCCGUCCAGUUUACAGAGCUGAAAGUCCACCUGGAGGUGAAUGGAUCAAGAUUGAUGGUUUUCCCAUUAAGGGUCCAGAACCAUUUAAUGAAACCGUCACAGAAAAGGAAGUGCCCAACAAGCCCUUGCGUGUGCGCGUCCGGUCCUCAGAUGACAGGCUGUCUGUUGCAUGGAAGGCACCACGCCUGUCAGGAGCCAAGAGUCCACGCAGAUCUCGGGGUUUUCUUCUGGGCUAUGGAGAGAGUGGUCGGAAGAUGAAUUACGUUCCACUGACGAGAGAUCAACGGACACAUGAAAUUAAAAAGCUAGCCUCCGAGUCAGUGUACGUGGUCUCUCUGCAGUCCAUGAACUCCCAGGGGCAGAGUCAGCCAGUCUACAGGGCUGCCCUUACGAAGCGCAAGAUUUCAGAGGAGGAUGAACUGGAUGUACCUAAAGAUAUCAGUGUCCGCGUUAUGUCAUCCCAAUCUGUGCUUGUGGCUUGGGUGGAUCCUGUUUUGGAAAAACAGAAGAAAGUUGUUGCAUCAAGACAGUACACUGUGCGCUACCGAGAAAAAGGGGAAUCAGCCAGGUGGGAUUACAAGCAGAUUGGUAACAGGCGUGUGAUGAUUGAGAACUUGAUGCCAGAUACUGUGUAUGAAUUUGCAGUUCGCAUUUCACAAGGUGAAAGAGAUGGCAAAUGGAGUACGUCAGUCUUCCAAAGAACGCCAGAGUCUGCUCCUACGACAGCUCCUGAAAACUUGAAUGUCUGGCCAGUCAAUGGCAAACCAACAGUUGUCACUGUAUCUUGGGAUCCACUGCCAGAGACUGAGGGGAAAGUGAAAGAAUACAUCCUUUCAUACGCCCCGGCUCUCAAACCAUUCGGAGCAAAGUCCCUCACCUACUCUGGACACACUACUUCUGCCCUGGUGGAUGGCCUGCAGCCUGGGGAACGCUAUCUGUUCAAAAUCCGGGCCGCAAACAGGAGGGGCCCAGGACCACAUUCCAAAGCCUUCAUUGUCGCUAUGCCAGCAACCAGUACCAGUGAGCCUAAAGUUCAGCAGAACACAGAGGAUCAUUGGAAAGCUGAGAAACCAGAGCCUUCCUCCCCUCCUCCCAAAGCUCCAGCUUCCUCAGAACACACUCAGUUGCGUGGUUCUCUCCCAGGCAGAAACAUCAAGGACCCUCUCCUUGACUUGAAGAACAAAAUACUGGCCAAUGGUGGGAUGCUCAGAAAACCCCAGCUUCGUCCUAAGAAGGCUGAAGAGUUGGAUACUCGGUCCAUGGAAGUCACUGAUGAGGAGGAGCAGGAUUCCUUGGAGGAUCCACGCACAUCAAACUCUGACACCCAAGACCAGAGGCAAACCCUGAGGCAACCAAGCAGAUCUGGCCACAGGGUCCCAGCCCCCGGCAGGACUCCACUGAGGGCCCGAAUGCCAGUGUUGUCCCCAAAAGAAGGCAUGGAUAGGCGUGUCACCUCAUCUGUUGCCCACCCUCACCCAGGGGCAGCCUCCUCUGAGGAGGCUACCCAGGGCCCCUCUCCCCACCCCAGUGGGGACCGCUCUGCUAGCUCCAUUGACAAUGACUCUGUGGACCGAGAUGAGGAGGAGCGAACUGCAAGAUUACCCCACUCCAAGGUUGCUGCUUCCCAGCAGCUGUCUCCUAAGACCCCAGCCCAGUUCCAACCAUCCCGGUCCCCCAGCAAUGAGGCAGCCUCCAGUGACACAAGGUCCACGCACCACGGUGCAAAGCCAGCCUUGUCUGCAGGAAGAACACCCCAUUCUGGAGCUGUGAAUGAAGAUUCCAGUGCUCCUGCUCCACCCUCUAGACUUUCUCCACCCCUGAGAGGGUCCUCUCGGCUGCUGCCCAUUCAGCCACAUCCUCGCCCACCCCUCUCCAGGGGCUGGAGGGAUGGUCACUCCCAGGCUAUCAACUCCAACACACCUUCAAGAUCUACUUUGUCUGCCCCAGUCUCUGCCCAUCUCUCUUCCAGGACAGAGGUUUCUGAGGGAGGGGAUACUUCUGAUGGCAGAGACCACAGUGACAGGGAUGCCAAAGAUGCUGGGAGGGAGGCUGAGGCCACUGUCCCCUCCCCAAGGGCUCGACCUGCCUCUGGCCACUUCAGUUUGCUCAGAAACAGGCCCUUUGCUGCCAAUGGCAGGUUUCCAAACAGGUUUUUCAAUGGCCGGGGACCACAGGUGCAGCCAUCCAGCUCCCCCCAGUCCACCUUGGCCUCCCGAGUCCUCCCCCGGGUCCAUUCUCAAUCAGCUCCCCAUCCUAGGCUUGGCUCAGGUAUCCAUGGAGACGUGGAGGCUGAGAAGCCACUUCCUGCUACUGUGGUCAAUGACCACAGGACUUCCUCACCCAGACAGCCCCCCUCUGGAGGCUGGGACUCUUCAAGGAGAGGCCCUCAAAGAGGGGCCAGCUUGUAUAGGAAAGAGCCUGUCCCGGAGAACCCCAAAUCUGCUGGAACAGAUGUACAUCCUUUGGACAAAUCCCCCUCUCUGACCUCCAGAGCACAAGACGUUCAACAGGGCACAGACUUGGAGGUGGAGGAGCAGCUAGUGUCCACAGGACGCCAACUGUCCCCUGCUCGUCCUCCAGCCUCAAAGACUCAGCCCUAUCCCGGGGCCAGUGUGUCUAGAAGGAUAGCACCUGGCCGAGCCCCACAAAAUCAGCCCCUUGCACCGGUCUCCUCCCAACCCGGGCAUCCCAGCCGCUCUCAGAGCAAGGACGCUGAUCGGUCGCUUUCCCAGCCUAAACUUGCGCUAGCUCCAGCCGGGCGUCCUCGUCCCACGACGCAGGGCAGCGCCCACUCCUCCAACCCGUUGGCUGGGAGCUCUGCAGGGGUGCUCCGCCCGGCUCCCCAGGGCCAGGAUGAGGGUUCCCAGAGCAGUUACGAAGACAACAGCACAGAAGUCGAGGCCACCGAUGCCCGCGACCCCACGCAUACCGCCCGCUCCAAAGAUGCCACCCCAUCCUUAUCUAAGUAUCAUCAGGUGGCUUCUCCGGUAGGGCCCGGUGAGGACAGGCCCCAGCGUGGCCAUGCAGGGGCGUCCCCUAGGCCUAGCAGGCCCAGCAGCUCCCAGCCCCGUGCUCGGGUCCCAGGCAUGGCCGGGGCGCAAGUCACACCAGGAAAGGAAUCUCCUUCCAAGUGGCCGCUGCCCUCCAAAUCUCUGCAGUCGGUCUCCACCGAGGACGAGGAGGAGGACGCGGGAUUCUUAAAAGGAGGAAAGGAAGACCCUCUGUCUGCCUCUGUUCCAAAGUGGCCUUCUUCCUCCACCCCCAGGGGCAGCAAAUACUCGGAUGGGAGCCUCACCAAGGACAGGUCUGCCAUCAUACUGGCUCCCAGGGGAGAGAACUCCGCUCAGGAAGAGAGCGCCACCCCGGGGAAGAGACCUGCCUAUGCACCUCCAGGCAGCCUCCCAAGAGCCUCACACCUCCCUACCCGACGCCCUCCUGACAGCCCUGCCACCCGAAGUCCCAUCGUGAGCACCUCCUCCUGGCAGCAGUAUACCACCCGCGCCCCUGCUAGUUACUACUCCACCACACCGAUGCUCUCCUUGCGACAGCGGAUGCAGCGCAGAUUUCGCAUUACCGGCUCACGCCAGCCUGCAAGGCCCUCCUAUGCACAAGGUUAUAACGGCAGACUCAAUGGAGAAGGGAAAGUACUUCCUGGUAGUAACGGGAAACCAAGUGGACAAAGGAUUAUCAAUGGCCCUCAAGGAACAAAGUGGGUUGUGGAUUUUGAUCGUGGUUUAGUAUUGAAUGCAGAAGGGAGGUACCUCCAAGAUUCCCAUGGAAAUCCUCUCCGAGUGAAACUGGGAGGAGAUGGUCGUACCAUUGUGGAUCUGGGAGGAACACCUGUGAUCAGUCCUGAUGGUCUCCCCCUCUUUGGGCAGGGGCGACAUGGCAAACCCCUGGCCAAUGCCCCAGAUAAGCCCAUCUUGAGCCUGGGAGGAAAGCCUCUGGUGGGCCUGGAGGUCAUCAAAACAACCACCCUUCCCCCCACCACAACCACGUGGCCCACCACAGCUACGACUACUGUGCCUGUCACUACCACCCCUCGGGCCACGAGGGCCACUACUCGUCGCACGACCACCACCCGCCGCAUGACCACCACCCAGCGCAUGACCACAACCACACGCCCAACAACCACAGUCCGAACUACUAUGCGGACAACUACCACCACCACCCCUGAACCCACCACCCCCAUCCCCACCUGUCCCCCUGGGACCCUGGGACAUCUUGACGAUGAUGGCAACCUGAUAAUGGGCUCUAAUGGCAUCCCAGAGUGCUACCCUGAAGAAGAUGAGUUCUCAGGCCUGGAGACAGACACAGCCAUACCCACAGAGGAGGCCUAUGUCAUAUACGAUGAAGACUAUGAAUUUGAGACCACAAGGCCUCCGUCCACCACCAAGCUCACCACCAAGCCCACCACCAAGCCCACCACAAAGCCCACCACCAAGCCCACCACCAAGCCCACCACCAAGCCCACCACUGCUGCUGCCACACCGAAGGUCAUCCCUGAGGAAGGCUCCAUCAGUUCUUUUCCUGAAGAAGAAUUUGAUCUGGCUGGGAGGAAACGAUUUGUUGCUCCUUAUGUAACAUAUCUGAAUAAAGAUCCAUCAGCCCCAUGCUCUCUGACUGAUGCUCUGGACCAUUUCCAAGUGGAGACCCUGGAUGAAAUCAUUCCAAAUGACUUGAGGAAGAGUGACCUGCCUCCUCAGCAUGUUCCACGGAACAUCACUGUGGUUGCCAUGGAAGGCUGCCACUCAUUUGUCAUUGUGGACUGGGACAGAGCAGCCCCUGGAGAUGUGGUUACAGGGUACCUAGUCUACAGUGCAUCCUAUGAAGACUUCAUCAGGAACAAGUGGUCCACUCAAGCUUCAUCAGUAACACAUUUGCCCAUUGAGAACCUGAAGCCAAACACACGGUAUUAUUUUAAAGUUCAAGCCAAAAAUCCUCAUGGCUAUGGACCUAUCAGCUCUUCAGUUUCAUUUGUCACAGAAUCAGACAAUCCCCUCCUUGUUGUGAGGCCUCCAGGUGGUGAGCCCAUCUGGAUCCCAUUUGCUUUCAAACAUGACCCAGGAUACACAGACUGCCAUGGCCGACAGUAUGUGAAGCGGACAUGGUAUAAAAAGUUUGUGGGAGUCACUCUUUGUAAUUCACUGAGGUACAAAAUCUACCUCAGUGACAACCUGAAAGAUACAUUCUACAGCAUUGGAGACAGCUGGGGCAGAGGUGAAGACCAUUGUCAAUUUGUGGAUUCACAUCUUGAUGGGAGAACAGGGCCUCAGUCUUAUAUAGAAGGCCUCCCUAAGAUUCAAGGUUACUACCGCCAGUAUCGCCAGGAGCCCGUCAGCUUUGGCCACAUCGGUUUUGGCACCCCCUACUACUAUGUGGGCUGGUAUGAGUGUGGGGUCUCCAUCCCGGGAAAGUGGUGACCACAGGACCAACCAUUGCACUGCAAAUCUGCCUGCCCAGCCUCACCGACUAACUUGCACUAGAGGCUGUGAACAGGAGAAAAAUGGUGUCCUAAGCCCCACUGCACCUGAGUGUCAGGAAGGCCACAUGAUAGACACUGAACAUUGUGGUCAUCCUCAGUCUGGAAUCCAGCACCAUUUUUGGCAUGGAACCUGAACAGAAUGGGAUUCAGACUUGCUGAAACUUCAAUUUCACAUUCUUUGUAUUAGCACAUCCCAGGGAGAUCAGAAAUCAGCAACUGAUCCAGUAUGAUUUCCAGACAAUUAAGGCACAAAAUUCAGACUCCAGAAUCUCCAGGGAACAGCAUAAGCAUAGUGUGCUUGCUUCACAGAACGCUUUCUAUUUUUCUCAUUUUUGAUUCCUCUAAAACCAGCUGAAUUUAAGCUUCAGAUCUCUUUGUAUGCAAAACUGAAUUACAAGCACCACCUACAGAAAUAUCCCUUACUAGAGAUUUAUUCUAUGGACUCACGCAAUGCUAGACUAAAUGCAUAAAAUCUUAUUUGUAAAUUCUCAAUUUUGAUAUAUAUAUAUGUAUAUAUGCAUAUACUUCUCCACACUUGUCAGCAAGAACUUUGAUUAAAAAUGCUAAAUUUGUACUUGUUCACUAGAUAAAUGUGUGCUGGACUUUUUGGAUGAAA